CGCAAACUCAGUGAGCGCUGACUGGUUACUGUAUUCCCUCCUCAUUUCAGUGUAAGAUGGUGGUAAAAAUCUGCUACCUAGGUAAACAGUAAAACUGAGUAGGGAAACAUCUAAUCAAUUUUGAACAUCUGAGCUGUGGAGUAGUGCUCAUUCCAAACUAUCAGAUAGGCACAUCUGAUCAGUUGAAAGGCAGAAACCCCCGCCUAAACUAGAGUGAAUAUCCCUUGGAGUGGAAUCCCUGCAAUACAGGACCAGCUAGUAGAACCCUUCGGCCGACUUGCCAGAGACUCUCCCGAACUUGCAGUACGAUAGGAUGUCCCGCAGUCCCGAGCUGAAAGAAGACCCCAUGGAGUGCCCACUGUGCAUGGAACCGCUUGAGAUUGACGAUGUCAACUUCUUCCCCUGCACCUGCGGCUACCAAAUCUGCCGCUUUUGCUGGCACCGCAUCCGCACAGACGAGAACGGCCUCUGCCCUGCUUGCAGAAAGCCUUAUCCGGAGGAUCCGGCAGUAUACAAACCACUGUCACAAGAGGAGAUCCAGAGGAUAAAGAAUGAGAAAAAGCAGAAGCAGAACGAAAAGAAGCAGAAGGUAACAGAGAACCGCAAGCACCUAGCCAGUGUCCGUGUAGUGCAGCGGAACCUUGUAUUCGUCGUGGGACUUUCUCAAAGACUUGCAGAUGCGGAGGUUCUAAAACGCCCGGAAUAUUUCGGAAAGUUCGGCAAAAUCCAUAAAGUGGUCAUCAAUAACAGCACAUCAUAUGCAGGUUCACAGGGUCCUAGUGCCAGUGCCUAUGUAACUUACAUUCGUUCAGAGGACGCCCUUAGAGCAAUACAGUGUGUGAACAAUGUAAUAGUGGAUGGUAGAACACUCAAGGCUUCUUUAGGUACAACAAAGUACUGCAGUUAUUUUCUCAAAAGCAUGCAGUGUCCUAAACCGGACUGCAUGUAUUUACACGAACUAGGGGAUGAAGCGGCUAGUUUUACAAAAGAAGAAAUGCAGGCUGGGAAACAUCAAGAGUAUGAACAAAAAUUACUCCAAGACCUUUACAAAGCAAACCCCAACUUUUUACAAACCUCAACAUGUGGGGAGAAGUCGAAGAGCAAACCCAACUCCACUCAGAGACCCAAUAGUACCAAUAAAGAAGGGUGGCCCUUAUUACAGAACUAUGGGAAAAUGGUUAACGGUUUAACCACAGAGCAUCGCAAAUCCCCUCCUCUUUUAGACUGCCUAACAGACUCAGACCACAUGACUCCAGACGAACCAGACCCUGAACAGGGAACAGAACAGAACACAGGCCUUCCACCCUUCCCAUCAGCCUUAGAGCCUACCAGUCCAAUUGGCAAACCAUCAGAACCCAUAAAUAUAGGAAACGGGGAAAAUAUAUCACAGACAUCCAGUAGCGAUUCCCCAUCUCCUCCACCUGGCUUUACUAAACCCAGCCUCGUUGUGCCCAUCAGCGUGGCCGAACUCACAGCUCGCUCACCCUUCGAGGGGGCGGCAGCAGAGUCUCAGUCUCUUUUCUCAGACAACAGCAAUUUCAGACAUCCCAACCCCAUCCCCAGUGGCCUGCCCCCUUUCUCCAGUUCACCACAGGGAGCCUCCGACUGGCCCAUGACUCCAGAACCACAGAGCCUUUUCAGCUCAGACACUAUCCCAGUGUCGUCCUCCACUGAUUGGCAAGCGGCCUUUGGUUUUGGCUCUUCGGCCAAGCAGCAGCAGCAGCAGGACGAUGACCUCGGCUUCGACCCAUUUGACGUCACACGGAAGGCCCUGGCCGACCUCAUAGAGAAAGAGUUGUCAGUCCAAGAGCAUUCCCCCCUCUCUCCCAACCCCUCUUCCCACCAGACCAGCCUCCCCAACGGCCAACAGCACCUUCCUCACCUCCAGCACAGAGGCCUCUAUAACUCAUUUAGCCUGCCCCAACACAUGGCCGCACGCCACCCCUGGAUGGGCCUUCCCACCCGCAAUAACCUCACACACUUGAACCACACGGCCUCAGCUGCGCACAGCCAUUUCUUAGACCUGAGCAUGCCGGCCCAGCACCACAGUAUCGGCCUUGGGGGGAUUCCUAUAUCAGAAAACAAUGGUUCUGUGGAAAGCAUAAAUGUGAAAGAGUGGCAGGACGGACUGCGCGCGCUCCUACCAAAUAUCAACAUCAACUUCGGAGGCCUCCCGAACUCUACCUCUUCCUCCUCCUCGUCCUCCACUUCCAGUGUGAACCACAUCGGGGUGCCGGUAGGCUCGGCUGGAAUCUCGCACAGCCUCAUCUGGGAAAGUACGGCCAGUUGGAUGGACCCCGCCAUCAUCACAGGUAUCCCAGCAUCCACAGGCAACAGUUUCGACUGUCUCCAGGAUGACAAUCCGCCACACUGGCUCAAGUCGCUGCAGGCGCUCACAGAGCUGGACGGACCGCCCAGCUCCAGCGCACUCCCACAGCCCCCGCACACCAGCCUCCUGGACGCGGCCGCCCAACUGUCCUUACACAGAGCCGCCUGGGCCCCUUACCUCCCUCCUCCCACACUCACCCCAAAUCAGUUCCACUCCCCACCUCCAGGUUUUCAAACAGCCUUCAGACCCCCAGCGCAGACGGCCACAGACAUCCUACAGAGUGCCGGUAUUGACCGUCACUAAAGACAACCUUCUCUCAAUUUAACUGCAUCACAAAUAUGAAACUGCAAAUAUACCCCUUCCAUUAAUAACGUAACAUAAGCUCUUGUCUUUCUACCCUUUCCCUCUCCAUCCCUUCCCCAUCAGGAUUUGUUUGUCUGUUGACAGUUUUUUUGAAGGCACACAUAUGAUGAGCACCAUCAGUGCAGGGUAAUGGUUGAGACAGAUACUGAGGGUCCUAACACAUAUUCACACACACCUUCACAUAUGAUUCUGGGGGAAAAUAAGUGUCUGACACUGAAAUGUGCAGAGGAAACCGUGAGCACUGACGUGUACAUGUGACUAACAAUGGCUAAACAGAAUGUGCUU